AUGCUGCAACUUCACAAAAUUUCUCCUGACUAUGCAUCGAAUAAGCCGAAAUCGUUAGCUGGAAUCAUUGUAAGUACUCUUCAUAAAUGGUUACUAAAGCGAGACGAUGAUACCGAAUUGUUUGAUCGUUGUGUCACUCAGGAGCUUCAGAUGGAAGCAUUUCGUAUCGCGACUGCAAAACACACAGGAUAUUUGAGACUGUUCAAGGAAAUUUUCUGCCUAGAUGACGUCACAUUGUUGAGUUUCAUAAAGGACGAAAUCAACUCCAUGAUCGAUCGGCAUAUGUUCAAAGAGGCGAUGGAUGUCGUGGAAGAGUUCGACCUCCAUAGUGACUACGGUUUGUACGCCUUCGUCAUUCCAUGUUUGCUGCAAGACAAAUUGAGCGCUGUCGUUAAAUAUAUUGAGAAAGACAGGAAGAUGCAGGAGAGUUUCGUAUCCUAUCUCGACAGUUUCGUGGGCUUGGCGGAAUGCGAGGUCAUCGAUCGGUUGAAGGCAUAUAAGGAUAGUCAGAUAAUGACAAUGCAAUACGAGCGUUUCACAGGGAAAACUAUAGAGAAGAUGAUCUACAAACUUACUAAUGAGCUCGCCCUACCAGUGGAAACUGUCGCUCCAAAUCUUUUCCGUGUUCGAAAAGAGGGAGACCUCAGGUUCAAGGCUCAGUCGAGGUUCGUGAACCAAGAACUCAAUGACGACGCUUACUUCGGCCACAUAAGUGAAACGCUAAAAGAAGGUGAUGAAAGUCUGAAGAUGUACUUCAUAAAUUUCCUAACUGGCCAGCGAAACUUUGAGGACGCAGUUCGCUGGGUUGUGUACUGCAACAUUCCUGACGCUAGAUUACCUCGCCGUUUGCAGGAAUACAUAAAUAGUACGCCUGGUGUUUUAUACGAAGCUGAAUUGAAUAUAAGAAGGCUUGAAGAGAGGGCGCUAGAUGUAGGAGACGACGACACUGAACUAAUGCCUGGAUACCCCAUAAUUAUGAUCACCACUUGGAAACAGCUCAACGCCUUAAUGGGCAAACUCAAAAAUGAGACCCAUAUUGGUAUUGAUUCGGAGUGGAGACCUUAUGUAUCAACUAGUGAAAGCAUCGCUCUGCUACAGAUAGCGACCAAAGAUGCUGUAUACUUAGUGGAUUUCUGUUCAUUGAAAAUGGAGAGCAGUACAGGAGAAAACGCGAUGGAGCAGUUCCUUCGAACACUUCUCUGCAGUCCUUCCAUGAAAAUCGGUUUUGAUCUCACUAAUGAUUUGCGAGCGCUCUUUGCUGGGUCUUCGAUGUCUCAGUUGCGUCCCAUAAGCGAUGAAAUCCGUAAUGUGGUCUGCGUCAAGAUGCUGGUUGAAAAUGUAAGUCCUUUUUUCCUCUUGUUUUCACAUUAUGUGGUGCAUCAGUCGCAAAAACGCAGCUUGAUGGUUAGGGUCUCCUUGACAGUACAAAGAUCUAUUAAACUACCCCCAUACUUUGAUGAGUAUUCAUUUUUUAGUUACUCGAAGAGGAUCGACAGUUUUUCGAUAUGGAAAGUUUAUUCAACGGCAUCAAUGAAGGUGGUUUGGACGAAGAUUCCGACAAUGUUCCAUUAG